GUUAAAUGUCAAAAUUCGUCUAAACUAAAUCGACAUCCUGCAGCCUGAUUUGCGAUAAUCAAAAAUCAAAUAACAGUUUUUGUAAUGUUAAUUUAUUAAUGAUCGCUAUAGUGAUACAAAGUAGCAAUAAGCAUUAGAGUCAAGCAAAAUACGUAAUUAGGUAGUUGAAACAUAGGAAUUACGAAUAGUCUCAAUAAAAUAAGGUCAAAAUAAAAUUAAGAUGAAAAACGAUACAGUAGAAGAUGAAGAUGUCGAUGUAUAUCAACUCAUUCUAAAAUUAAGGCAUGAAACACUACUUGUUAGGACGGAGAAACGCAAAAUUGAAGAUUUAAAUAGGAUACUUAGUGAGAAAACACAUGAAAUCAUAAGGGACUCAUGGAUUACAACGAAGCAGCGCUUACUUUUGUACCAAAGGGAAAGUACUAUUCACAAUUACCAAAAAGUUGAUCAUCUGCUUAAAUCUGAAUUCAUUGAUGCUAAACAAAGGAUAGGAUUUCAAACCACCAUAAAAUUAGGAAAUCUAUUGCAAGUUUUGAGAUCUCAACCUGUGCAGUUAGCUAAAUGGUUAAUAGCAGGAGAACAGUUGGAUGAAGCACAGACAUACUCAUUUUUUCUAGAGAAUAUUAUAGUAGGCUUGUAUGGCUGUCUCUUGUUUUCUGAGGACAUAAAGUACAUGUUGUCUUUGCUUUAUGAGGUCGCCAAACUGCAGUUAUUGAACUGUGAAGAUCCCAGAAGAAUCAUCAAGCAAAGAACAUGCUCCUUUAAACAUCUAUACUUUUUGUUCCAUGAAGUAUUACAAUCUGCAAAAUUUUUCCUGAGCGCAGCUAUGGAGAUACCUAUAGUCCAGAUGAUGUCAUAUACUGAUUAUUAUCUAGAUCUAGAUCCAGAAAAGACAAUUAUGAGAUUUAAGCAAGAUGAUAACGAAGUUACCAAUAUUUUUAAAGAUGUAGAUGAGUAUAGAAGUGAAGUAGUAGCCAGAUUAGUAGAAUUUACCAAUACUUUCAUAUCCUCGCUUUUAGAAAAUGUUUAUAGCUUUCCUAAGUCUAUUUCGUGGUUAGUAUCUCGAAUAGCGAAGAUCAUUGAGAAAUCUUUUAGUGCCAAACAGGCGAACGCCAUAAUAACAGAACUCAUUUUCAACCUGUACAUAUGCCCAGUGAUAGUAGAUCCUGAACAGUAUGGCAUAUGCAACUCCCAAGUAACUGAGGUCACUAGACACAACCUUAUUCAGGUGUGCCAGAUCCUUCAGUCUCUAGCUUUACGCAAAUAUGAACCUAUCGAUGCCAGAUACUCGGAUGUAUUCGAUUUGUUGGACAAGAACCGCGUGUGUAAUUUCCUUGAGCUGUUGUUUUUCGAUAUGGACUGCGAAGAUCCGCCCAUAGAUACGCCUCCGAGUCUUUCGAGGGAUAUAAUGUUGUUUACUGAAGCCGAGCUCAACAAUAUGGUCACGAUUUUGCAAAAAAUCCAGCUUAAACAAAAGUCCAGCGACAAUUUCAUUAAAGAUUUAUCUAUAGAGGAACAACUGUCAUCUCUUAGCAUAUCUGCCGAUAAUUCACCAAAAUCGAACAGAGCAAUGAAUGAAGAAAACGUUUCAAAAUUAACUAAUUUCUUCACAUUAGGCAACAAUAAUUCAGGUUCAAAAAAUCAGGCUUCCUCGUUGGUUACAGAUUCUCCUAGGAACCAUAGCAAUCACAGUACUACUGUACUCGUUUUUCCCAUAGAUCAGGCUCAAAUAGAACCUAUCGGUCUCAUAUCUGAAGAGAAAAUCAUAGAAGCCAGUCUCCCGUUGAAGAAUGGCGAUGUUUUUGAUGGGACUCUUCAGAAAGACGAUGCUGCUGUGAUGCCAGAAACUCCACCGACAAAUGGAGACCUGAAACAAUCAUUUACAUUUCACGAUGAGGGAUCCAUCGGGAAUACUUCAGAUAAUUUGGAAGCCAUAUCGGAAGCAGCUAGCAACCAUUCCGUUGACAGUAGCAUUGAACUGGAGAAUGAAGAUCAAAACGACAAUCUGUCAGAUAUGGUAUCCGCCAACGUAUCUGGCCGAGGUACACCGAACAUAUCAGGUCGCGAUACCCCCAGCUCACAAGUGUGCGAGAAUGAUGAACGAGCCUUGGCGGAACCCCGACAGGUCGAUGUAGCCCAGACGCAACCUAACCUCAAUCUCAACAGGCAAAUCCGUUCCGAAAUCGACGAUAAAUUUUGUAAAUUCGAAAUCAAAAAGCUUCUUGAAGGUGACGAAACGAUUUCUAUCAUUUCGGAAACUUGGAGUACCGACGUUUUGGCUUCCGACAACGAAACGUUGGAUGCUGGAGAAUCUAGACACCCGCUACAGUUACCCGAAUCUAUCCAAGAAGUGUCCAAUAUUUUAGAUUUGUCCGAAACUCAGAGUGAAAGCGCUUGGUCUACUGAUGUGAUGACAUCGGAUACUGAAAGGUUAACUGAAGUCGAUAACGACGACUCUAUCAGCGUCGCUCAAUCCGACGACACGCGAUCGGAAACUGACGAUACCGCUUGUGGUAGUCGACGCCUCUCUACGUGCUCUAACUCUUUCGUUCCGAUUACAACCAAUCAGAACUACGUCUCUAGCGUUACCGUCCAGAAUAUGAGCUUCUUACCACCCGCUAACGGUCCAACUGCUGUCGUGAGCGCCAAAAACAAAUACGUGGUAACUUCUGCGUCAUCUACUUCGAAUUUUCAAGAAUUCAGUAAGGUAGAGAUCAAAAAUGAAAUAGUUAACGGGAAAAUGUAUCAGGAACAGACAGAUAAUAACGCCAACAGAGUGUUUAAAGCUUUAACUUUAGAACAGUCGGAAUCGUUGGCUGAGAGUACUGAGGUGAAGACCACUAUUUACAAAGCUACAGUUGCCAAGAAUGGAUUAAUUGUUAAGGAUUCUUAUUUAAACAACUUGGCUGGUCCCAGUGGUAUGGUAGAACCCGAAAAGAACCACCACAAUCGUCCCAACGAGAUCCUCUUGAGCAACUGCAGCCUAAACUCCAGCUCUAGCGGCUCCAGCAGUCACAGCUUAGAGAACAAGAACGCCUCCGAGCAAUGGGAAAACAAGCAGUGGUUAAACAGCUCAGGCAGCAGCUUGAACGUUACUCUGACACCUUCUGAAAGUACCAGUGAGUUGUCUGUGAUGAGUAUCGGGAAGAAAGGCGUUGCUGGUAGAGGUCUGAAACCGUCCGUUUCGACUGGCGCCAUACCUAAGAGCAUCAGCUUCGACAUGAGCGCUGAUAAGGGAUUGGACGACGACGGUAGAUCUAAACGCGGCGGAUUCUUCGGGAAGUUGAGAAUGGGCUUCAAAAAUAGGCGAGGAAAGAGCCUGCGAAAUCAAGAAGAGUUUCGUUUGGACAACGACGGAUACGUAGGUAAAAGUACGACAAAAUUAGGAAAUAAUACAGAAGUAUCGGAUGAUAUUUUAGCCAAAUAUCGAACAAAACCCUUCGUCGAGAAUGAGACUAUUAAAGAAAACUGUGAUUCGAAUAAAUCUCUAAAAGGAAAAAGUGUGUACAGAAGCAAUAGUAAUAGUGAAGAAGUUAAUAGUUUUAAUGACAUUAAGAACAAAUUACGUUUAGUAUUAAGUAACACUUGGGAAAUUCCACAUUACCUUAAGAACAACCCCUUUAGUAUUAAGAAUAAAAUUGAAACGAUGCUACGUCUGGAACUGGGCAAAGCGAGAAGACUGAGAGAAUGGUCUGAAGUGGCGAGAAUAUCGGAGGCAAUACGGUGCGUCAAUCUGUUAAACGAUGACAGCUGUCUUAAAUUGCUACGUUCUAUGCGCUCUGAUAUCGUUCUGCGAGCUACAUAUAUCAAAUAUUUGAUCACAUCAAAGCAAGAGUUGCUAUUUUGUGAAAGUUAUCUAAAUAGCCUACAGAAACAAAUAACCAAUGACAAAUACCAGUGCGAGAGAUACUUGGCAGUGAUCUGUGUCAAAGAGUUCUUAUCAGAACAGGAAUCUGCCAUAGUUGAAUUCUGUGAAGAGUUCAGGCAACUAAGUUUGGCGGAUGAAAAGUGUGAUUUGAUGCAGAGGUUUUACACCAAACUAUUUCUCAUCAUGAAGAGCAGUCCGACUUGGAAAGGCAUUGUACGCAACAGAGAAAAGACAUUAAAAAUUACUUUAGAAAGAUUUAUAAUGAACAAAACCUACAAAAAUUCCAUCUAUCCAAACGGGGAUGGUGAUCGCGACCGAGACCGUGUGCUACAUAACCACAUUGAAAAAUUGUCAAAAAUCAUAACACCAGACCACAAGGAUCUCGAAAUUGACAAAAUGUACCUUCGCGAAUGUCCUUGGUUACCAGCUCAAGACGCUUUGAGGGCGUUAAAUGUAUACAAGACUCCCAGAGAUAAAGUUAAAUGCAUUGUUCAUUGCUCCAAAUGUAUCAUGGAUCUGUUGGCGAUGUCUCAGAGUGGAUCGUCCACGACAGCUGAUGAUUUUAUGCCUGUUUUAGUUUUUGUGAUAAUUAAGGUCAAUCCCGAAGCUCUCCUCUCAACCAUUCAAUACGUCAACAGUUUUUUCCACAGUCAACUGUUCGGAGAAGAGGAGUACUGGUGGACUCAGUUCUCCGCUGCCGUCGAGUACAUCAAAACCAUGGAUUACUCCGAUUGACAUAAGUUGUUAUAUAAUAAUAUUUAUGCAAAUGUUUUACAUGUACCUACCACAAAGAAAUAUUAUUUAUGAUUUUUAUUAACCUGUUAGGUUAUAGAGCAUUUAUAUUUUUAAUAAAAAUAUUUAUAUUUUA